AUGUUAUCUAUCUAUCUAUCUAUCACGAAUUUUUUUUUCUUUUUCAGAAUGUUUCUUUCAAAGUUUUCUAUAUUUAUCUUUUCAUUAUGCCAUACUUCGAUCCUUUUGAACUUAGUACAAGGCAAAAGUAAAUUGGACAUAUGUUCAAAACAAAUCACAUGUGGUGCUUGUAUAACUGCUGGAGGAGAAUGCAGUUGGUGCAGCAAGGAAGAUUUCUCACAUAAACGCUGUGAUAAAUAUGAAAAUUUGAUUAAAAAUGGCUGUGCCGACUAUAUUGACAACCCUGAUCAUACAGCUCAGGCUUUUAAGAAUGAAUCUUUGAAAAAUGCUGACAAAAAUUCUGAAGCAAUUCAAAUUCAACCUCAGCACAUAAAAAUUAAAAUACGUCCCAAUAAGCCUUAUAAUUUCAAGCUAGUAUUCCGUCAAGCAGAAGAUUAUCCUGUGGACUUGUAUUAUCUUAUGGACUUAUCAAAUUCCAUGGAAGAUGACAAAGCUAAACUAGCAAGUCUGGGAAAUCUUAUUGCUAUAGAUAUGUCCACAAUUACCAAAAAUUUCCGGCUUGGAUUUGGAUCUUUUGUGGAUAAGACUGUGUCCCCAUAUAUCAGCAUAUCACCAAAGAAGAGACAUUCUCCUUGUAAAAACUGUUCAGCACCUUAUGGAUUCAAACAUCAAUUAACACUUGAUCUUAACACUUCCUUGUUUGCUGCUAAAGUAAGAGAAGUUCCUGUGUCUGGAAAUCUGGAUUCUCCUGAAGGAGGUUUUGAUGCUAUUAUGCAAGCAGUUGUUUGUGAUGAAAUUGGUUGGCGCCCUAUUUCCCGUCGUAUGUUGGUAUUUUCUACUGAUGCUGCAUUCCAUUAUGCUGGUGAUGGUAAGGAUUAUCCAUCUAUUGGACAGUUAGCAUCCAAAAUUAGUGAAAAGAAAGUAAAUGUAAUAUUUGCAGUAACUGCUGAUCUUUUGCCAAUGUAUGAGAGUUUAAGUAGGUUUAUUGAAGGCUCCACAUCAGGCAAAUUGGAAGGAGACUCCAGUAAUGUUGUAACACUGAUCAGAGAAAACUAUAAAAAAAUCACAUCUAAAGUUGCAUUGAACACAAGGGAUGCUGAAAAUGUUACUGUUAAAUUUUUUUCAUCAUGCAUGGGUGAUAAAUAUAAAGAAACCGAUGAAUGUAGUGGAUUAAGAAUUGGUGAUAAGGUUACAUUUGAUGUAAGUGUUGAAGUCCACUCUUGCUCAGCGCAGAAACGACGAUCUAUUACAAUUUACCCAGUUGGAUUGACUGACAAGCUUGUUCUUGACUUAGAAUUAAUAUGUGAAUGCGAAUGUGAAAAACCCCAAUUUGAUGUUGAAAACAGCCCACGUUGUAAUAAUAGUGGAACUUAUGAAUGUGGUGCUUGCACUUGUGAUGAACAUCAUUAUGGCAAAUUCUGUGAGUGUGAUGGUUCUGAAGCAAGUGAUGAAGAAGUGUUGUCUAAGUGCAUUCAGCCAGGUACCUCAACCGUAUGUUCAGGUCGUGGACGAUGUAUGUGUGGAGUUUGUGAGUGUGCCUCUCGUACAAGUAGCUCGAAAGAAACUUAUAGUGGAAAAUUCUGUGAAUGUGAUAAUUAUGCCUGUGAUUAUUACCAUGGUGAACUCUGUGGAGGUGAAGAUCAUGGAGAAUGUGUUUGUGGAAAAUGUAAAUGCAAUGAAGGUUACAAAAACUCAGAUUGUGGAUGUGCUACAACAAACACAUCUUGUAUUGCUGCUUCAAGUGGGUUGCUGUGUAAUGGUCAAGGAAGUUGUGUCUGUGGAAGUUGUAAAUGUAAUGAAAAUACUUUAUACAGAGGACCAACUUGUGAAGAGUGCCCAACUUGCCCAGGAAAGUGUAAUGAAACUAAAGCUUGUGUCCAGUGCACAAUUUUCAAGACGGGCAAACUCAGUAAAGAAGAAUGUGCUACUAACUGCCAUAAUAUACAUUCUGUCAAGAAAUUAAGAGAAGGAGAAAAUAUUAACAACUGCCGUUUAGUUGAUGUCGAUGACUGUGUUGUUUUCUACACUUACGAAUAUGUCAAUAGACAUGAAUUGUACAUUGAGGUUCAAGAGAAGAAAGUGUGUCCCACGUCAGUUAAUGUAAUGACAAUUGUAGUUGGUGUAAUCAUUGGCAUUGUUGCUGUUGGACUUGCACUGCUGCUCAUCUGGAAACUUAUCACCACAAUUCAGGACCACAGAGAACUGGCCAAAUUUGAAAAUGAACGCAAUAAGGCACAGUGGAAUGCUGGAGAGAAUCCAAUCUACAAACCAUGUACAACUGUAUUUAAAAAUCCUCAAUAUGCUGGUGGAAAUCAUUAA